UUUGUUAGCUUAGGCUUGUAUCAUUUUUGGUAUCAGAGCUUAAAGCUCCUAUCCCCAGGUUGUGUUCAUCCAACCCUUAUCUCUUUUAAUUUUGUUUUGCAUUUUGUUUUUCAUUUAGUUUUGUUUUGCAUAAUCAUAUAAAACCUAUAAAAAGUCACAUUUGUUUCUGUUGCAUCUUGUUUAUCUUGUUUCUAUUUCAUAAAAUCAUAAAAAUAAAAUUGUUUGUCAUUUGUUGCAUUUGUUGCAUUUAGUUCUUUAGUUCUGUCAAAAAUAUUAAAACCCAUAAAAAGUUGUGUUCUUCAUUUGUUCUUCAUCCUGUCGAUUUAAUUGUUUCUUAGAUCCAUAUCUUAAAAAAAAAAAAAAAAAAAAACAUAAAAGCUGUUAGAAUUAAGUUAAUAUCCGAGUUUCCAAAUUUUGGUGGAGUUUUUGAAAGUUUUCCUUCUUCUGGUCAACCGAAACUUAUUCCUUUCCAAAAGAUUUUUGUUUACUUGCAAACUUUAUUAAAAAAAAAAAAAAAAAAAAAAAAAACAUAAAAGCUGUUAGAAUUAAGUUAAUAUCCGAGUUUCCAAAUUUUGGUGGAGUUUUUGAAAGUUUUCCUUCUUCUGGUCAACCGAAACUUAUUCCUUUCCAAAAGAUUUUUGUUUACUUGCAAACUUUAUUAAAAAAAAAAAAAAAAGAGGAAAUCAGAAAUUGCCCAUUUUGUUUAGUGUUUAGUUUCUUCUUCUUUCCUUUAACUUUGCUAGUCACGUUUUCUUGUUUAAUCACUUGAUUCAGAAUACUUUCAUCUUCUUCUUGAGAUAUUUAAUCCUUAACUUGGUAGACAUGGCGACUGAAGAAGAAGCUGAUGAGUACAAUAUUAAUGAAGUUGAUUGGGGUGAAGAACCGGGACACUCAUGGGAAGAUCAAAACUAUGGAGAUGGCUCUGAAGAAGAAGCUGAUGAGUACAAUAUUUCUGAAGUUGAUUUGGGUGAAGAACCGGGAUACUCAUGGGAAGAUCAAAACUAUGGAGAUGGCUCUGAAGAAGACGACCAGUGUAGAGAGUCAAGGGCUGAAGAUGGAUAUGAGGAAGGACCAUGUCGUGGGGAGCUUGAUUCCAAGCCACAAGACCACUACAAGAACCAUACCAUCAACAAGAGCUAUUCUAAACCUUGGUUAAAAUUUACUGAUAAAUUUUAUGACUAUAGUCCAACAGUUUUCACCAAAACACUUGUGUCUUUUUCAGGAAAAGAGAACUACUCCAGAUGGGAGGAAGACAUGGAAAAUUAUUUUUGGGAGUACAAAGUUCCUGAACAUAAGAAGCUGUCCAUAGCCUUAGACACCCUUGUAGGAGAAGCUUACCAAUGGUGGCUUCAAGAGGAAGAAUGUCGCAUCUACUUCAAGGAACCAACCCCACACUGGGAAUAUGUCAAAGAGCUGAUGUAUGAACAUUUCGAGAUGAGGAGAUUACCCCCUAGAACCUGUCCUAAACGUUUUGUUAAACUGAAACCGAGACAACUACAUGAGCGUGAGGUAACUUUAACUUCUCACUAUAAUUCAUAUGAUCAGUUUCGUUUGUAUAAGUUUUCAGGAAAAGGUGAAGACCCUAGAAACUAUCUUCAGUGGGAAGAGGACAUGGAAAGGUACUUCAAGUGCAACUCCAUUCCAAAAGGAGAAUACUUGUCCUAUGGUCUAGGACAGCUCACUGAAAAGGCUCAACGGUAUUGGAAAAGAGAAGAGAAGUAUAGGGAACAAUUUCAAGAGCCUCCUAUACGCACUUGGGAGCAAUUCAAAGGGAUCAUGAGGGAUAGAUUUGCACCUUACAUCCCUACACAACACGCUCAGAAGGUGUCUACAAAGAGAGUAGUACAACCCCAAGUCUUGCAGCCGGCAAACCAGAGGCAAAGCUCAAAACCAGUGCAUACACCUCAUGUAAAGCACAACCAAGGUGAGUACUCUAAAUCUUUAAAACCACCUGAGGUUAUUUGUUAUAGGUGUCAAGGCCAAGGUCAUCUUGCAAAAGAUUGCCCCACAAAACGAGCAGUGAAGAUGGCACUACGUGAAGCAAGAGAAACCAACUUGGAGGUAAGUGAUUCCUUUACUAGAAUAGAUAAAAAGUUUGAUGAUCUUAUCAACUUGAUUAAAGCUGGAUCUAAUUCUGUUUCUAGUAAUUCCAUGACUGUCUUAACACACUUGUCUAGCGCCCAAAAGGUUGAAAGUAUUUCAGGUACUAACAUAGAAAUCAAGGAACAAGAACCCAACCCUGCUGCGCAAUCAAGUCCAACACUUGAUAAGAAUGUUGAUAAAGGUCUAGGUAAUGAGGAGACACGUACAGAAGCUAAACAACAACAGAAUAAUGAGCAAUCUACCCUAGAGACCUCUACACCAGCUGAUCAUGCUUUAGAGGUAGUAAAUACCAAAGCUGAAUCAAUGCAAGAUAACCAGGUACAAUGGAGAAGCAUCCAGAACCAAACUCACAACCUUACACCCAAGCAGUGGUCAAUGGAGAAACCAAUUGUGAAAUAGGAGAUUUCGAAAAGGAGACCACGAUCCUUCCAAGGGAAAUCAUAGACCGACCAUGGAAAGGGGGCAUAGCUUCCCUACUGAUCAAAGAAGAACCACCAGUUGGACAAUGCAUCACAAAACCGUGCAUAUACCAAGGUAAGACCCUAGCCUCCCAAAUUAGAAUGAAACCUAACUUGCUCUAUCUUGGUGCAGGUAAAUUGGUUUUGAGGACAAAACCUUUUGAAGAGGGAGGGAAUGAUGAGGACCUAAAGUCAGUAGCUAGACCACCAACUCAUGAGAUCAACCAUACAAGCUACAUUGGAGCCAGCAGCGACAUAGGUGCACUCAAAGAAGGAUAUCUUUGCAACCAUAAGGAAUUUAACCGUGAAACCAGUUUCUAUAGAUUCUCAACUCAACCAGAGCAC